AUCUGUUCAGUAGCCAAGUGUCGAUUUCUCUUGCGAAAAGUUGGCCGCUGCUUUAAGUGUUUCUAUUUAUGACAAAUUUCCUGUUAUAACACAUGAUCGGUAUACUUCCUAGUACUGAAUAUGUCUGUGGAAGUACAUACCUUCAACUAUGAAGUCCCUCAAAACGGAUGCAUUGAAGCUAAAAGCAAGUUUGAUGCUGAAUUUCGAAGGUUUGGGCUUGACCCAAGGAAGUUGGACACGUUUGAGGAACUGUACAUAUUUCUUGAGAGACUUCAUAGCUUGAAUGACAUUCCAUUUAGUGUGUGUUACACUGAUCCACAGGGUGAUUUAUUACCAAUAAAUAACGAUGAUAAUUACCAUAAAGCAAUAACGACCGCAAAACCUUUGCUCCGUAUCCAUGUUUCUAGAACAGGUGAAGGUUUUGAUGGGUAUGGCACUGUAGCAAAGAAAAGAAACCGACUCAGUACGUAUAUGGUAAACCCACCUAAGAAAUCAUCGGUUAAAAUAAGCUUGCCAGAAGAUUUUCGAAGAGUGUCAGCAAUUAUUGAUGUGGAUAUUGUGCCUGAAAGCCACCGGCGAGUACGGCUUCACAAACAUGGGUCUGAAAAACCGCUUGGAUUUUAUAUUCGCGAUGGGACAAGUGUGCGUGUGACACCUCACGGGUUGGAAAAAGUCCCAGGAAUAUUCAUUUCUAGGCUUGUUCCUGGUGGACUUGCAGAGGGUACAGGACUAUUAGCUGUAAAUGAUGAAGUGUUGGAAGUUAAUGGAAUAGAAGUUGCAGGAAAAACAUUAGAUCAAGUAACGGACAUGAUGGUUGCAAACAGUUCAAAUUUGAUAAUCACAGUGAAACCAGUUAAUCAGCGAAAUAACCUAACACCGCGGCGUACUCGGCGAGGUUCUUUAGACAGGAACUCAACAAUAUCGGGGGGCUCUGGACCUUCCACACACGAUUCAACAGUCAAUAGUGAUGAGGAGGACAUAAUACAAGAUGUUGCGGAGAAUGUUAUUAAAACUGAUGAGGACAGUGCCGUGUACACCCUAUAGAAUAAAAGAUGGCCAGGCAUGUCUCACUCUGCUGAAUGAUAAUUAUACUACGUGUAAUAACAUCAAUGGCUCAAGUCUGAUAACUCGUAUACUGACUGCUUUGUUAGUACAGACUUAUCAAUAUGCAAGGUCAUCUGUUAUUUGGGUGCUGCUUUUGUUAUUGUGCUAUCAAACUAAACUAUUAUAGGGGUUUAUGUCAGAGGUUAGUAUCAAUACAUGGCAUGUCAAAACAUCUCAUAGCUGAGGUGAGGUGUACCCUCACAUUGUCAUCACAAAUUACUAACUCACCAUAGUGGCAUGGGUGCAUGUAUUAUAUAGUAUUAUUACAAUCUAUUCAUAGGGUGCAGUUAAGCAAUAAUUAAUAGCCAACCCUCCCAUCCCUUGUAUGGUCAUACAUGUAUCUUUGUAUUCAAAAUACAUUUUUGUUUGUUUGUUUGUUUGGCAAAGACCUUUACUCCAAGCGUCUGUAUUUACAUGUACUGAGUAUGAUGUCCUACCACAGUAAUAGAUUUCAGCACAGCUGCCUUGAAUCAAAUAAUUCAUUUUCUAGAGUUCGCUCUUCUUUUAAUAAUACCAUGUACAAAUAAUUUUUAGUAGAAAUUAGAAAAUCAAUUGAAACAAAUCAUGUAUUUGAAAUUUAAUAAUUUUUUUUUAAUAUUGUUCUUGCUGAAUUUUUUCAAAAAGUAGUGUAUUUUUAUAUAACUUGUUGAUGUGCCUUAGAACGAAUGAAAUGCUGUAAAUACGUAACAACUCGCAAGUUUGAAUUGAUGAUCAUUAUUCCUCUUAUUUUCUGCUGGUAGGGUUGUUUUUCCUGGGUGUUUACAUGUAUAUUUAUGGAUUGUGGUCAGUUUGCCUGCCUGCCUGGUGUUAUUUAUUUAUAAAUAAUUUGUUCUUUUCACUGACUCUCAUAAACCUACAUCAUAACUGUAUAGUUUUAAGACAGUCAAAUGCAGGCACUGAAAUAUUUGAAUUUUUUUUUAUUUUGUGCCAUCACAUUUAGCAGUGUAAUAUUUCACAUUAAAUGUCAUUAUAAAGUAUGUUCUAAGCGCUGUACACUGCCAUCAUCCCCUUGGCUGCUCCACUGUCCAUGGACAGUCUCAAAGCUACUACCUUCAACAUUUUUACAUUUUUAUUUUUAGUUACUGCACUUUGAAUAUGUUGUUUUUGCAACUUAUUUACAAAAAAAAAAAAAAAA